ACGACACUUGGAUAUUGUCUUUUAAACAGCAAUCACGUUUUCCGUUAAGCUUUGCUUGUGAUUUAUGCAUUAAGGAGACGCAGCUCUGCUUUAAAAUAUGCGCGUAUCCAAGUGACUAAGAACCAAGCUGGAUCGAUCUAUUGAGUAGGAGUUCGGAGUUCGGGUCAUUCAACCAGCUACAUCGACAGCUCGGGAAACAAGAAAACUACGGGAGCAAGUUAAGUGAAAAGUGAAACGGAGCUGCCGAGAUCUAGGUGUGCUUAUCAUGUUAAUGUCCGCUGGUUCACGUUCAAGAUGUCAUCGGAGCGAAAACUGAAUGAAGACUAUUGGAACAUGUCUGGCAAUGGGCAGUAACACAACACCUUGAUAGUGGUCACGUGGCUUUCCUGACUUGUGAUACAACUGAGGACUUCUGGGUACCAGUAAUGAGGAUCAGGAUCACCAUUUUAUAGCUCCUCAUCACUGCAUUAGCAACCUUAUGAAAAACUCUGCCUGGGCAUGUACUUGACAUCCAAAUGGCUGCAGAUAAGGCGACAAAGCAUAUUGUGGAGCAAUGGAAGAAAUAUCACUGGGAAUGUCUCCUGAGGAUGUCUACUGAGCCCUACCCUCCAGGUUUAUUCUGCAACCGGACCUUUGACAUGUACGUCUGCUGGACUGAUGGUGAACCCAACACAACAGUGAAAGUUCCCUGCCCAUGGUAUCUUCCCUGGUAUGACCAAGUUAAAAGUGGCUUUGUUUUUCGUAAAUGUGGAGCAGAUGGUCAGUGGGUGACCAAUAACUCGGAUGUUCCUUGGAGAGAUCAUUCUCAGUGCCAGCCUGAUGACAACGGCAAUCAGUCUGAGCAGGAGCAAAAGAUCUGGAUCCUUGCUCAGUUCCAGCUUAUGUACACGGUUGGAUAUUCACUGUCCCUGGCAGCACUUGUCUUGGCACUCAGCAUCCUUCUGGCCUUUAGAAAGUUGCGCUGCACUCGGAAUUACAUCCACAUGAACCUGUUUGCUUCAUUUAUCCUGCGUGCUGGAUCCAUUCUGACCCGCGACUCUCUACUCAAGCGGCAAAUGGAGUUUACAGAUGGGGAGCUUCCUGGGCUGCUGAGUGAUCAGGAGUUACUUGGAUGCCGCCUUGCACAGAUCCUCAUGCAGUACUGCGUUGAGGCAAAUUACAGCUGGCUCCUGGUAGAAGGGGUGUACCUCCACAACUUACUGGUGCUGAUGGCCUCCACUGAAAAGAAGAGCUGUUUCUGGAGUUACCUGCUUAUUGGCUGGGGUUCUCCGGUGUUGUUUGUCGUUCCCUGGAUCCUGAUGAGAUACUUCUAUGAAAAUGAAAAGUGUUGGGAGAAGAAUGAGGUGCUGGCACACUGGUGGAUCAUCCGAUCACCCAUCCUUGUGGCUGUUCUGGUCAACUUCUUCAUAUUUCUACGAAUAAUUAAAAUCCUUGUCUCCAAGCUGCGGGCUCAACAGAUGAGAUAUACAGACUCCAAGUUCAGACUUGCUAAGUCCACUUUAACUUUGAUACCACUGCUGGGCAUUCAUGAAUUGGUGGCCUUUUUCACUGAGGAAAAUGUACAGGGUACAGUGAGGUACCUGAAACUCUUCUUUGAGCUCUUUCUCAACUCCUUCCAGGGCUUCAUUGUUGCAGUCCUCUACUGCUUCUUUAACAGGGAGGUGCAAUCUGAAAUCAAGAAAAAGUGGCAGCGUCACAAGUUGGGCAUGAGCCUUCUUGAGGAGCAGCGGCACACCUUCAGCCAAAUGCCAAAUGAGGCUGCCAACACAGGCCGAUGGCUAAGACAGCAGCCAAUCACAUGGCAACAGCCCUGUGAUAGAGCAAGUUCCGUCUGCUCCUCUGAGAACUCCUUCUCCACCCACUACAAACACACUGAGGGAAAAAGGAUCAAACUGUACAGAAAUGUGACUAUACUAAAGCAGGAACCUCACGGAACAGAGGGUGAAGUCAACAGGUCCCUAAAAGCAACAUACAUGGAGAGCUACUGCUGAUGGGAGAUACCAGUGUCCACCUGUGCGGCCAGUUGUGUAACCCCACUGGCCAUGUCGCUAAUUUCUGAAGGUCUAAGUGAUGAAGGAGAAUUUACUGCACCUUCAGUGCCACAUUUUAGAUUACAGUGUGAUGCUUUGUCCUCAAAUUUGUGUCUACUGAAACUAAGUAAAGUAGACAUGAUUGAAAGAUUCUGAAUGUAGUGACCUGUUCGGAUUUAAUGACAAAGAACAUUUUAAAUGUUCUGAUCUUCAAAGUGAACUGCACACUGUGAAAAAAUGCAAAUGAAACUAUGUCAAAA